GUUUUUGCGGCUGUGUGGCGCUGAAGGCGGACGCGGGAGGAAGGAGUCGGGCUAACGGUCACUGCGCGAGCCAGUCCGCAACAUUCCAUCGGUAACUAUGGGCAACCGGGUGGUCCGGGAGGACUUCGAGUGGGUUUACACCGACCAACCGCACACCGACCGCAGGAAGGAGAUACUCGCCAAAUACCCUGAAAUUAAGUUGUUGAUGGGCCCAGAUCACAACCUGAAAUGGAUCGUCUCUCUGAUGGUAGCAGUUCAGCUUUUGGCCUUCUACCUUGUAAAGGACUUAGACUGGAAGUGGGUGAUUUUCUGGGCCUAUGUAUUUGGUGGAUGUUUCAACCAUUCCAUAACGCUGGCCAUCCAUGAAAUUUCUCACAAUGCUGCCUUUGGGAACAAGCGAGCACUGUUGAACCGUUACUUUGGGAUGUUUGCAAACCUCCCUGUUGGCCUGCCCUACUCUAUCUCCUUCAAGAGGUAUCACAUGGAUCAUCACCGCUACAUGGGUGGUGAUGGUAUUGACGUGGAUAUUCCCACCGUGUUUGAGGGAUGGUUUUUCUGCACCAGAUUCAGGAAGCUGUUUUGGGUUAUCCUUCAGCCACUCUUCUAUGCUAUCCGUCCACUCUGCAUCAAUCCCAAACCCAUCACUUACCUGGAGAUCACCAACCUGAUUGUUCAGCUAACCUUUAACUUACUGGUUUAUUACUUUUGUGGAAUGAAAUCCGUAGUGUAUAUGUUGGCAGGGUCCCUCCUUGGCAUGGGCCUACAUCCCAUCUCUGGGCACUUUAUUGCUGAACAUUACAUGUUUCUGAAGGGUCAUGAAACCUAUUCUUAUUAUGGGCCACUCAAUCUAAUAACCUUCAAUGUUGGAUAUCACAAUGAACACCAUGACUUUCCCAGUGUUCCAGGAUGCCGGCUUCCUCAAUGUGUCUCUCUUUUAGGUAAAGAAGAUAGCUGCUGAUUACUAUGAUAACCUGCCACAGUACUCUUCCUGGGUGAAAGUACUCUACGACUUCAUCAUGGAUGAUACCAUCAGUCCCUACUCUCGUAUUAAGAGAACUGUGAAGGAUGCCAAACAGGACUAAGUGGAAUGGAUCUGGGAAUUGAUUUAAGCUAGGUUAACUGCAGUGUUUAUAGCUUUUUUAUAGAUCUUGUAUUUUCCAAGAACAAUGUAUUAAAAUGUCUUUGUACAAACUGUGCACUAGCAAACAUUGAAAAUAUUGUGUAAAAAUCCUAAAGUGGUGAGUCAGCCUGUUGUAUCCCUCCUUGCUCAAAGCCUCCAAUCACUGGGUACAAAAUGUGAUGUUGUCUCUGACAAUUAUGAUUUGUUUGCUUUGCCUCUGAACUGGUUUCACUUAUUUAAUGCACCGAUACCUUAUCUCCCUUCCUGUAAAAGGGAUCAGACUGCCUUGUGAUCAACUGUAUUUUAUGUUACCAUCACAUUAAAACCAAAUGUAACCACAGUCCUCUUUCUUUCUUCCCCACCCCCCCCCAACUUCAGCCUAUCCCAGAACCUACAGCAAUGGCGGGGAACAAACCUCAUGCAGGUCUUUCAUCUCCUGGCUUCCAAGUGUCAAAAUCUAGAAUUUAGAUGGCUCUAUCCUCUGACUUUAAAAGAUUUGAGGAAAUGGAGUCAUAGCUACUUGAUCUCAGGAGUGGGAAGCAAAAUCCAUUGUUCUGAGAAGGGUGCCAGUGUUGGUGACUAAAUUUAGUGGUGGUAAAGUACAGCUAAUAGUUCCAUGUAGGCCUUGCAGCUGAUUUAAGUAAUCUUCAGAUUUUUAUCUGCGUUUUAAUUGCUGCUGACUCACCACUUCUGCAUUGGAGAUCAGUUAGUAUGGGACUAACAAGAUUGUGUAAGACAUGACUUGCUUCUGAUCAUUGAUAUUGUGAAGCCACCUGGGGCUGCUGUUUACCAUUUGUCAUGUUAACCAUGAGUACAAUUCACUAUUUUGCUGUCAAUAUAAAUGGUUGGUUUAAGUCUGG